CCUACCUCCACAGACCUCCUCCUCCCCUCCUCUGAACUAACCACCUCCAACAAGUUUGACAGCUCAGCUUUUUCACAGCAGCAGCGAAAAGACAGCUGGACUCUCUCUACGUUCCCCUUUUUUCUUUCUCACAGUUCUUUUUUUUUUUACCUUUUUUUUUUUUUGGUCGCUAUGUGCGCGUCUUGCGUCUCCUGCUGGCUAUGAGGGAUCUCAAGUGUACGUAGCUUUGGCCACUUUGCCCAUUUUUUUAAAUUCCCGUUGUCCUGGAGUUGGCGUUUCGUAGUUUUUUAAUUUUUUUUUUCUGUCUUGGGAGUCGCUUGGGAUAUAAAAUUCAACAUGUCGAGGAGCACGGAGGAGGUGUCCAAGCUCACCGAAAGUACUUACAAGAGUGUGAUGGAGCAGUUCAACCCAGGGCUGAGGAACCUGGUCAACCUGGGGAAAAACUACGAGAAAUCCGUAGCAGCAAUGACCCUGGCAGGAAAGAUGUAUUUUGAUGCAAUGUCUAAGAUUGGGGAGAACGCUGCAGUGUCUCCAGUCUCCAGAGAAUUAGGUGUCGUGCUGAUGGAAAUCUCCGAGGUCCACAGGAUGGUUCAUCUGGAGCUGGAGGAAAAUUUUAAAAGGUUUCACAGAGAGAUAAUAGCCGAGCUGGAGAAAAAGACUGACAUGGAUGUCAAAUACAUGACAGCCACCUUUAAGAGAUAUCAGAUGGAGCACAAGAUGAAGCAGGACUCACUGGAGAAGUCGCAGUCAGACCUGAAGAAGCUGAGGAGGAAGAGCCAGGGCAAGAACGCCAACAAGUACGAGAACAAGGAGAGCGAGUGCCUGGAGACAUUGACGAGCCGUCAGAUGGACAUGCAGUUGUUCAUCGCUGACGGCUGUAAGGAGGCUCUGCUGGAGGAGAAGAGACGUUUCUGUUUCCUGGUGGACAAACACUGCUUGUACUCCUACCAGUUCGCCUCCUUCCACGACAAGGCCAGAGACAUUCUGACUUCAAAGCUGAGCAGCUGGCAGGACCAGUGCAACGACGCCACUGACAUGCCCGACAGCAUCCUGUCCAUGAUCGAAGGACUGCGAGCGCCCAUCACCAUCACCCCUCUGCCCUCCCCCUCCCCGUCCCGGCACAGUGUGAACAUGUCCACUCCCCCAGCCCCCCCUCUGAAGGCUCAGACCAGUCCUCUGGCCAACAUGUUCAUCCAGGAGAACAAGACGUCCGCUGUAAACACCAUCAGCAACAAUCACACAGACCACGCAGACAGCGAGGACAACAGCCUGCCCAGGUCCGUGUCUGUCGCUACGGGCCUCAACAAUAUUGUGAAGAGGCCGCGUGUGCGAACCAUCUUCCCCCACACUGCCGGCAACAACUCCACGCUGCUCAGCUUCGACGAGGGCGACGUCAUCACCCUGCUGAUCCCCGACGAGAGAGACGGCUGGAUGUACGGAGAAAUGGAGAAGAACGGAAAGAGGGGCUGGUUCCCUUCAUCUUACUGCCGUGCACUCUCUGAGCCACUCGUGAAUAACAACAGUGUGUCCGCUGCCCCGUACCGCAGCAGAAGUGUGGUCAACCUGCACCACCAGGACACGGAGACGGACGAGGCCACCAUGGUGCUCCCCCCGGCGGACUACAGUGACGGCUCGCAGCGGAACGCCGUCAAAUUCAAUACGUUGAGCAGCAGUAACAAUGUCACCACACACAACAACCACCAGCACUCGCCCACGCCCUCUGUGGCCUCCUCCAACUCGUACGAGCACAACACGGCGGCUCAGACUAACGGCGUCUCCAGAGCUCAGCCUGCUUACCUCGCAGGAGGGAACCCAUUCGCCACAGUCCGACUACGUCCUACCGUCACCAAUGACCGCUCCGCACCGGCCAUCUGAUCCACAGGUCCUCCAUCCCCACACGCCCUCUUUUUCUUCCGGGUUGUGCAGCUGAGCACAGACUUUACUGCUCCUGCAGAUCCUCCUGAUCGGGAUGGAGAGAACACAUGGAGAACAAAACGCCAUUUGAAUGUUGGAGCCCCUUUACUGCUGCAAACACUCAUCUGGAAGUAUUGUGGGACCCGUUUUAUUUACCGGACAGAUGCUCCUAUAUUUAAGAUAUAUAUAUAUAUAUUUUCCAUGUCUGUUUUGUCCCUCCGUUUGUGGUGACAUUUAAAGACGCCUUUCUUACCUGCACUUGAGAAACGAAUGAAAAACAAAUGGGCAAAGAAAAGACUGUAUGUGAUGUAUUUAAACUGUUUGAUGUUGGCUCGUUUGACGUCAAAAUGACUGUUAGGAAUCUUUUCUGUUGCCAUAGAGACAGUAAAAGAAUGUAUUGUAGAGGACCUCUGCAUUUCACCUGCAGGUCCUCAUGACAACGUUGAAUCCCGGUGUCGACACCAACACGAUGUCGGCUGCUGUGAGGAAACUGCAAACAUGUAAAGAGAUGCAUUUGAAAAAAAUCAAAGGAAACACACAAGUGAUCUUUCUCCUCUUGUGUAUAUACUUGUACAUCAGAUUUUAUGACUAUUGUUCUCUGCCAUCUAACUGAACUUUUUGUAGAGCUAGACGAUCAUGGAGACGGACUUUUGCCUUAAUGACACAAACAUACCUACUGUAAGACAAGAAUCAUGUUCCUGUUGCAUUCUUCAGAUUGUGGACACGAGUUGUGACUCAUCUUUGCAUUGACAGUGCAAUCAUUGUGCUUUCAACCGCAUCAUGUGGCACCAAAGUGUGUACACUUGUUUUUGGUCUUUGGACAACAUAACACUCUUAUCAGAAUCUGCUGUAUGAAAAUAAAGAUUUAUUUCUUCAA